GCGAAAAGUUGUUUCCCCUUAAUUAUUGCCGCCAUUUUUUUGCAGUUUAGUUCGUCGGUUUACAGCGACACGCAAAUUGAUGAGAAAGGAAUUUUCUUCCACAAUUAAACUGAUACUAGGUACACUGUAUACUUUAUUUGAUCAUGCCGAGGUCGUACGUUGAUAACGCAAUGAACAGGUCUCUUGGCCGUGUUGGUAUGACAGUAGGGAGUAUGCCAGUGUCAAAAGGUUCCAGUUCAAGUUACAGUAGUGGUGGAAAUGGCUAUAGAAGUUCUAGCAGAAACGACUACGGCUGUUCCAAAUCAUCGUAUAGUUCCAACACAUACGUUGACAAUGCCAUGAACAGGUCACUUGGUCGUGUUGGUAUGGCAGUAGGAAGUAUGCCGGUCUCUAAAGGUUCCGGUUACAGUUAUAGCAGAGAAAGUUAUAGCAGUUCAAGCAGGAAUGACUCAUCUUCAUACAGUUCUGACACAUACUCAAACAAAUCAAGAUAUUCCGGUGGAAGUGGAGGGGGUGAUAGAAAUGACAGUGUAAAUGACUCUGUCUUCUCAAGCACAAGGCACGAACAUGAUUCUUACGUUGACAAUGCAAUGAACAGAAAGCUAGAUCGGGUUGGGAAGCCAUUAGGAAGUAUGAAGGUAUCACGAAAAUCUGGUCAUUAUAGUCACAGUGGAGAUGAUGGUUUCAAUUUGGACGACUCUGUUUUCACCAGCAACUCGCCAGGUACUUCAGAUACAUAUGUGGACAAUGCUAUGAAUAGGAAGUACGGUCGAGUCGGGAUACCGUUAGGGAGUAUGCCUGUGUCGAGAGGUUCUAGCUAUGGUAGUGGAAAUGGAGAUGAACGGGUCAGCAGGAAAGACUCUGGAUUCUCAUCAUGCAGUUCAGAUACAUACUAUGACAAAGAUUAUAACAGAAAGAUAGGAAGAGAAGACCUACAAAGAAGGUCAACAACAUCGGUUGAUGAUAUAAAGUCAAAGGCUCUUGAUACACCCUCUAAGGUUAAAGCAUAUGUUGAUAAUACUUACAACAGAAAGUAUGAGAGAGUUGGUUUGCCAGUUGGAUCAAAAGUAAUAUCAAAACAGUCUGAGAGUACUACUCCAAGAUCAGACACUCAUCUUUCGUCAGAUUCUGACACUAAAGUAUGUAAAGACAACCCUAUGAACAGAAAAGUCGGUCGCGUUGGUAAACCACUGGGAAGCGCUGUGUUUUCACCUAAGGAAAAAAGUACAGAAGAAAAGGUAUAUAUGGAUACAAAGAUGAACAGGAACCUCGGACGUGUUGGAAAACCCCUUGGCAGCAUGCCUAUAGGAAAAAAGAGUUACACAACUAAGAAAGCAAGAGAUGUGAUUGGAAAGAUGAACAGAAAAGAGGUACAAGAUUGGGUUUAUGACAACCAGUACACAGACUAUGAUGUAUACAAACAGCAAGGAGAUGAUUUGAGAGACGCAAUGCUAGAAGCAUUGUAUCAUUUUAAUCGCUUCUUUGAAGAAAUGACUUGGAAAAUACAGACAAGCUCUACGGAGCCACCAAAGACAUCGUCACAAGUGCACGAAGAUUACAGGGGUAGAAAGAUUCCUUAUGUAGAGUUGAAGUUAGCUUCUAAAAUAGGAUGUGGAGGCUUUGGCGAAGUGUAUUUUGCAAAGUGGAAAGAAACUGUUGUCGCUGUUAAAAAACUGAAAGCAGAGUCGGUUUCAAAAAGAAGGCUGGAUGAUUUUGCACGAGAGAUGAUGUUGUACUGCCAGCUUGACCAUACAAAUAUAGUCAGAUUCAUCGGAGCUUGUGUCGAGAGGCCAAAUCUUUGCAUCGUCAUGGAGUAUAUGCAGAUGAGCUUAUUUGAAGCCAUUCAUAUUAGGGAAGAUAUAGAUUUCUCCGAGAUUGAUCGACUAAACAUCAUUCGAAGCACCUGCAGCGGUUUGAAAUAUCUUCACUCUCUGGACAUUGCCCAUAGAGACUUGAAAACAACAAAUGUUCUGGUGAAUUACUUGGACGGAGAGUUGGAAGUGAAGAUUACAGACUUCGGUCUGAGCAGCAUGAAAGGCAAUACACAAACGUCAUCUUCAUACAAAGGAGAAAUAAUCGGAACUCCUCGGUAUUCUGCACCUGAGAUUCUUCUUGGUACCAGAAGGCUCACUGUUGAAGAUUAUAAGAAAGCUGACAUCUAUUCUCUUUCACUCAUUAUAUUUGAAGUCGUUUUUGAGGAAGAGCCAUUUUAUGAUUUUGACAUUCAACAACUGGUCAGAUAUGUUGGGAGGUUCGGUAUAUCACCAGAGAUACCCAAGGAUAUCAAACCGACAAAAUGUGUUCAUAGAAUAAUGGAAUUUGCUUGGUGUAGUAAGCCUGAGGACCGACCUGAUAUCAACUAUGUAUAUGACGUGUUCCUUCUUCAAAAGAAAAUAUAUGAAGUUUGAACUGGUAACAAUGCUACUGGAUUGAUGUGUACAGAAAUUAGUUUGCAAUCUUACAGAUAGUUUUUGACGUUUGAAAGGAUUUGGAUGACGAAUAGCAUUAAAUAUUUAGUAAUUGUUGAAAGAUCUGUAUAUGAGAAGGACAAGAAACAUCUUUCGUUCAUGCAAGUAAUGCAGUGGUCUUUAGUAUUAAGUAGUAUCAUAGAAAUUUGUUAAAUGCUCAGGACAAAGGAACGUUAAAUUUGUGUUCAAACAGCUAGUGUGCGUACAUUACCGUAAAAUGUGUUUACUGACCAAAAAGAUAAAAUCAUGGACACAAUACCGGUCGGAGAUAAUAUAUAUUUGUUCCUUUUACUUGAAACAGUUUACAGUUCUAAAUGUAAGCGGAGAUUGUUUUUCACUAUCAAAGAACACUAAAGGUUGAAAUAUAGUAGAUAUCAUGUACCCAUUUGUGUGCAUUUUGACAUACAACUUACAUUUUGCUGAUUUUGCUGAAGCUCCGUUGGUACUUAAUGUAGAUGUAAUAUACUCAGCAUAUAUGUACAACGGCCAUGUUUCCUAUUUUGAACCAACAGAUUCAUGUAACUCUUAGUGGUCUGCAGUCAAUCAAAUACAGCCAUCCUACUUUACAGUUAAGACAUUUUCCUAACUUCCGUUAGCGAAAACAAAUUUAUAAGCAAUUUCAUACAUUUCCAUUUACUAUUUACAGGUAUCAUCUUACGUUUUGUUUACAGUUUGAUUAUUUUUUGUUCCUUAUUUCAAUUAUUUAGUUUGUUGUUUGCAGUUCAUGCACUAGAAAACUUCACAUUUUGCACAUGUUGAGAAUAAAGUUUUUUGGUAAAGCUCGAUAUAAUUAUUAUUUCUGAUUUUCUUUCACGAAAUAUGCACUGAAGCUUUUUUAUAUUAUAAAGUUCCAAAAUUGAUUCGAAUUAUGACAUAACUUAAGAUGUGCACCGCUCAGAUGGAUGAUGAUUUACAUUUACAAGUCUAACAGAACGCUACUAAGGAUCGAUUUUACUAGAGCAAUUAUCUCCCAGAUGUUUAAAAAGCAUUUUGUGAACGUGACGUUUGGUUUAAGUUUCUAGUAAAUGCAUGUUUCAAAUUAUUCCUGUAAAUUUCAAAUCCAUGCAUCAGCGAUUUUGAAUUACUGUCAGUGCUGAUCAGGAAUCAAACCUUGGACCUCUCUCACUUAAGACAGACACUCGCGUCGUCACAAAAGCAAGUGAAAUGGAGCACACUUAUACUCUACCCUUCUACAAGUAUCAUGCUUAACCUUUAGCCUGCUGUUGGCAAGUGAUUUUGCCUUUGCGACCAGUGCAGACCAAGAUCAGCCUGCACAUCCGUGCAGUCUGAUCAGGGUCUGCACUUUUCGCUAUUCAGUCAGUUAAUUUUCAGUAAACACUCCUUCGAAGAAUAAAUGGUAUUGCCCAAAUUGAAUGAUGGACCAAUCCAUUUUAGAAAUUUAGCAGGCUAACGGUUAAGAUUUGGUUAUGUCUUGUCAUUAGAGUACAAACUGUGAAAGAGAUUGAUAGUCAGAAAAAUAAGAUAUAUAGACUUAGUGAAAUUUCAAGCCAGACUUACUGUUCGUUAUAAAUAUGGUCUAAACUGUAUAAAGUAUCCUUGU